AACACCUGUGUGUGUGUGUGUGCUUUUGAUCAAGUGAGCUGUGCAUUUAUUCAAUUUUCAUUUAAAAUUGUGUAUAAAAGGGGCCGGCGAGGCGUAUCCGGGUCAUAACGCAUUGUGUUUUCCAAGGCGCUGUUUCAAAAACUAUAAAACAAAAACCUCACGCAUUUUUUUUUCAACUAAAAGAACUGAAAAAAGGCCGUUUUUUUCCGAUUACGCCGUGCUAUCGCCCCGCUGAAAUAGUUUAUUCGUUACAAAUAGCAGAUCGAGAUCUCCGGCAGCGACAGACGUACUUUUAACGCCACCAAGAUGAGCACCUUCCCCAGUUUCGCGGACAUUUCGGCCAAGUUCUCGGAGGCCACGCUGGACGAGAUCAUCCGCAAUGCGGGCGGCACCCGCCACACCUCCUACAAGUUCGGUCCCAGUGGCAAGAAGGGGGACGCCUACCUGAGCCGCGUCUUCCGCAUCACCGUCUUCGGAGUAAGGGAUUCCGAGCAGGGAAAGGACGAGGAGGAGCUGAAGGUCGGGGUGAUCGUGAAGGCCAUGCCCGACAAUCUCCAUCGCCGGCGUCUCUUCCGCUCGGUGAUAUUCUUUCGCAACGAGAUCAACUUCUACACCAAGGUGCUGCCGGCCAUCGAGGCCUUCCAGAAGUCCCGGGAGCCCGCCCCCAAGAAGCCCUUCGUGGAGUAUCCCCGCUGCCUGGCCAGCCUGUGCGACGGUGUCAACGAUUUCAUCGCCCUGGAGGACGUGGGUCCCAAGGGCUACACUGCGCCCGUGCGCCAGGACUACAUUUCCCUAGAGGAUGCUCUGCUAACCAUGCGCACCCUGGGUCGAUUCCAUGGCGUGGCCCUGGCCUUCAAUGCCCUGGACAGCAAGAACUUCGAGAAGGCGGCGGAUUCCCUGGAGGAGACCUAUUACGGCGAGCACACUCGCGAGUGGUACACCGGCUUCCUGCUGCUGGCGGAGAACGUGGCCUUGGACGCCGUCAAGAAGGUGUAUCCGGACAGCAAGUACGAGACCGUGGCCGGCAACUUCCUGCAGCCCGCGCUGUUCGACGACCUGAUCAACCUGGUGUCCACUCGCUCCAAGCUGAGUGUCUUCGGGCACGGCGACUGCUGGACCCCCAACUUCCUGACCAAGUACAACGAGCAGGGCGAAUCGCAGGAGAUUAUCAUUAUUGACUUCCAGCUGGCCAGAUGCUCCUCCUUGGCCCUGGACCUGAGCUUCUUCAUCUACUCUUGCACCAGCCAGGUGUUGAGGGAGGAGCACUAUGACAAGCUGCUGCGCGCCUACCUGGAGAGUGCCCAUGAACUGAUCAAGGAUCUGGGUGGCGAUCCCGAGGAGAUCAUCACAUGGGAAUCGCUGCAGCAGGAGCUGAAGGACUUUGGACGCUUUGGCUGCGGAAUGGGCAUCGAAUCGCUGCCCAUGACCAUGAUGGAGGACGAGGAGGUGGCCGAUCUGGAUGGCAUCAAGGAGAACGCCAUUCUCACCGACAUCUGGAACAUCACGCCCUUCAAGGAGCCCGCCAAGCAGAAGCGCCUGGCCGAGAUUUUCAAGCACGCCAUCGAUGAGGGCUACAUCAAGUAGGCUUCAAUUUACCACGAUCAAAUCGAAUUCAACUAGUAUUGGGAAUUUAUACUUGUAACCCUAUAUGUACAAACUAUAACUGAAGAUUAUUAAACCGUGUUCCAAGCACAAAGCCAGCUGCA